AUGCAAUAUUUCUUAGCUCUUUUUGUUAUCUUUGUACUAUUUUCUAGUACCAGUAAUGCCGUAGAACUUGAACUUACUGAUAAACCUUUAACCGUUAAUAUUACACAAGGUCCAAUAUUUAGAACAAGUGAAACACCUGUUUAUCAAAAAAAAGAAGAUGUUACCAAAGAGAUUUUACUUUUACCUUAUGAUAAAGCAUUCGGAGAACCCCAAUACGAUCUAUCAAGUGGCAAACCAAGAAAUGCUCCAAUAAGAAUUGAUCAAGGAGGUAAAACCAAAGAUGGUUACUUUGUAACUCAAACCAAAGUCGUUGCAGUCAAACAAAAAAAUAGUAUUUCUGUAGUGUUUACAAGUCCACUGUGUGCCAACAAACAGAACGAGAAUGAUAGACAACUAAUAUUAAGAAAUAUUAAAGAAGCUGCAAUACGUUCAUAUGAUACAAGUAGAAUUUUUAUUGUUAGAUGUCAAUAA